AGUUGAAGUGCUGACUGGCUCUGACCUGAGAGGCAAGAAUCAGCUGGAAGAGGGACAAGUAGAACUGGGCUGUGAUUCUACAAACAAGGGCCCAGCACCUGCUCACUUCCUGCCUAGUUGCCGGGCCCAGCACCAUGCCCUUAUGGAAAUACUCCAUCGUGGCUGUGUUCUUCAUCUCCCUGAGCUUCUUCCUCCAGGACAAGAAGAAGAAGCAUCUUGAGUACAGCGUGUCGUUGCAGGAGGAAAAGAAGAAAAUACUGCAGCAGCUGAAUCAGGAGCAAAUCAGCUCUGAAAGCAAGAACCACUUGGAGACCUUCAAGGAGAUGCAGAGAAGCUCCCCUGUGCUCCAGCAAGCCAACUACAAAGUCCUGGCUGGAGCCCGGCCCCAGGAGAAGAAACUGCUGACGAUGGGGAUCUCCUCAGUGCAGCGUCCUCAUGGAAGCACCCUCUUGCACACCCUGCAGUCCCUGUUCGAAGCCUCCUCAGUGUCUGAGCUGAACUGUAUCGUGGUGCUGGUCCACCUGUCAGAUCCUGACCCCAAAUGGCUCAGCCAAAUGGUCACCAAUAUUUCAGUCCUCUUCCAACCUCAUAUUGAAGACCAGGAGCUGCUCGUGAUCCACGGUAGUCUCAGCGGCUCUCCUGUCCCAGGAGAUCUGGGUCACACUAAUGACUCCGCACCCUGUGAAGCUGUUUAUUCCAGGCAGAAAGCCGAUUACGCCCUCCUUAUGAACUUUGCCACCAGCCUUUCUGAAUACUUCCUGAUGAUAGAAGAUGAUGUUUACUGCACCCCCAAAUUUGUUUCUACUAUCUAUUGGGCACUGUCAGCCUGGAAAGAGCGACCCUGGGUGAUCAUGGAGUUCUCCAGCCUGAGCUUCUCCGGGAAAGUCCUCCACACCAGCGACCUCCCCCGCCUGACCGCUUUUCUCCUUCUCUUCCCUAAGGACACGCCUACUCACUUGCUUCUCUCUCAGUUCCGUCUUCUCCUGGCCCAGCAUGUUCCCAUUCAUUUCAGUCCCCCAGUCUUCUAUCGGGUGGGCAGUUAUUCUGCGUCCGAGGAUUCCUGCUUUCCUGUGGAGAAGGAAAUGGUCUUUGGUGAACCAGACAACCCCGUAGCCAGUGUUCUCACUGACAUGAGGACAGUAUCGAACGUGAUUCCUCAGUACGCUUAUGUUCUGAACGACGAGUGCUACUCCACCAUGGAUCCCUUAAGAGGCAACACCCUGACGGUGAUUUUGGAAAAGCCACAGAAGGUCAUCCGCAUAGAGGUGCUGACAGGCUCGGACACACAAGGGCUGUACCGGCUGCAGCAAGGCCAGGUGGAGCUGGGCUACGGCCCCCUGCCGGAUGCAGAGGGCUGUGCUCGCUACACCCUGCUCGGGCCACUGGUGCAGGGAAACUUGGACCAGAGGGUGUUUUAUGAAGAAGACACUGUGGAGCAGCUGAGCUGCAUACGACUGGUGGUGCUGGCUUCUCAAGACUCCUGGCUCCUCAUCAGGCAGAUCAGGGUCUGGACUCAGCCUGAGGAGGAGGAGAGGUAGAGGCGCGCGGGAGCUCGGCGAGGAGGGGUCUUGGGACGCAGUCCACGUGGCUGGCAAGAAAUAAAGCUAGAAACUGGUCAAGGCCUGGGCACUCUGCGUGGAGUGACCGCGUAGGUUACUGCCUGAACUGGGGUUGUGUGAGGAUGAAAGGAAGCACUGUGAAAAGUUACACGCAGCCACAGGUGAAAACCCAGCCGCCCGGCCGGCGGAGCCGUCUGCUCCUGGGGAAGGACGGCCUGGCGGGAAGGGACGAGACAGCUUCCUCUCGGCUUCCGAGGGCCAGAGGGCGGGAGUCCCCGGAACCGCCUCGUCUCAUCAGCGCUGCGCGCAGAGGCCUUUCCGGGAAGGAGUCACUGCCCUCCCUGAGAGGGGCAGUCCGGCCAGC